AUGCAGACGGUGUUUUCAACAAACAUUCGCGUAAAUACUAGACAUUACAGAGCUGACAUGGCGAGUGAGAGAUCGAAAGGACACCGUGAAACCGCUAGUACGGACCUUCUUGUGAAUCCUAGUUUAUCCUCUCAUAGUUGGGCGACCUUAUCUACGAAAAGGUGUGACAUACUUUUUUUGACCACUUUCCAACGAUUGUGUUCGUUUUAUAAUUGUCAACUAAAGCAUAAAAAACGGAGAUUUGGUUACGAAAUCACUGAUAAUCACAAAGAGCCGCCCUUGAGAACUUGUAGUAGCCCAUUAUCUCCAUUAUUAAGAUCAGACUUGCCUCUUGAUAUCAAGCAGGAGUUUUUGGAUCGCAUUCGUGAUGCAACUAUUUCUGUAUUUCAUGUCGUCUGCAUGCGAUUUAUUAUUUUGACGUAUAAGAUUUAUCAUUCGCAAGUACAGCCAAGCAGCAUUUCCGCUACAAGGCCUAUCUCACAAAGGUCAGAGACUGGAGAGAUCAAAGAUAUACGAUGUUUAUUCAAGAGCCACAAAUGUAUACUGGUAUUUAAAAAGGCUACUUUUGUGAUCGACAGAAAUAACAAUACUUCACUCGAAAUCAAAAAAGGUCCUUUGGCUUCUGAUAUAUUGACAAAAGUAUAUUAUGUAGAAUGUUCAGAAAUCUAUCUUCCUCCUCCGUUAGAUCAUAGUUUAUUUUCAAGCACGUCAAGCUCUCGUCAGCUCCUGCAACUUUUCAAUUUCGAAACAGAAAAUAGGAUAAAUAACCGUAGCAGGCAUGGCGAAUGCACCUUAGUUUUUCUUUUAAUUUUCUUUGGAAUAAGAUAG